AUGUUUAUACCACAUGAUUUCGCAGGCAUGCCUCUCAACUAUUCAAUUAAUACAAUUUCUGAUCAGGCAUUAUCUUAUUAUGUCGAAGAGAAGAAUAAAAUGGUACAGUUAAUAUACUCUUAUUCACCUGUUACAUUUAAUAUGACAUUUUAUGAAUAUUCAUCGAAUGAUAAUUUCUAUGUAAUGAAUUGCUUAAAUAAUAAGAGAGAACUAUUAUAUAGGAAUCAGAUCCAAGGAAAUAAUUCAUAUUCAUGCAAUAAUACUAACUAUAUUUCCAUAUCUCUUGGUAAUGGUAAGAUCGAAUUUUCUAAGUUUUCAUUUGAUAAUCCAUUAAUUUCAAAUGAAGGAUUGCCUCAAUAUGAUGAUGGAAAAUUGAAGGCAAGAUGGCCACAAAGAACACCAGAAAUAACACCACCUGACACAAAUGGCAAUAAUAAUAACAAUAAUGAUAAUGAUGAUCACUUGGAUCAAAAUAAUAGCUCAGGCAAUAAAUUAUCUGGAGGUGCAAUUGCUGGAAUUGUUGUUGGAGUCAUUGUUGUUAUUGCUGUAUGUAUUGCAGCAUUUAUUAUCAUCCACAAAAGAAAACCUUCAUCAUCAAACGCAGAUAUUGGUGAUGAAGUUUAA